AUGGAUAUAGGAGGUGAGAAGCAGCACGAUGUGAUGAAAUCGGAGAACUUCCAAGGUUUUCGAAUGGUGGGAGUGAAGUAUGGCAGAGAGAUAGGGAGCAGCGACAACAGAAGAGCACUGAGGGACAUCAAUAAUCUCGUGGGCAGCAACGUUCCUUACCCCCCUAAGAUCAUCAAGAAAGUUAUGACAGAGGAUGAGAAGAACAAACAGAGUUUCGUAGGCCGAAGACCGAUUACAAGGAGGUUUGCUGCUUCCCUAGCUCAAAAUUCCCAAGACUGCCUUCAGGUUGUAAAGAAAAGUGAACUUAACACGCAACAACAUUUUUCUUUCUUAGAUCUCACACUAGCCAAACCUAUUGGCUGCCUAGUUCAAGCGAGAAACCAACUAGUCCAAGAUACAAGUUUUGCAUGUACUGGUGAUGCCAUAUAUGAGGAAGAGCAUGUUGCAUUUCCUAUUGAUGAACCUUUGCCAAUGGUGGAGGAUACUGAAGAGAUGAUUGAUUGUGGGAUGAAGGAAGUUGAAAUGGAGGAUGUAGAAGCAAAAUUGCUUGAAGAGAUUGACAUCUGUGAUUCUGACAACACUCUUGCUGUUGUCAAGUAUGUGAAUGAUAUAUACUCUUUCUAUAGAGAAACAGAGGAACUUGGCUGUGUCCCGCCUAAUUACAUGUCAAACCAGUUUGAUAUUAAUGAGAGGAUGCGAGCUAUAUUGAUUGAUUGGUUGAUUGAGGUGCACUACAAAUUUGAAUUAGUGGAAGAGACACUGUUUUUAACAGUGAACCUAAUAGAUAGGUUCUUGGCUCGCCAAAGUGUGCCAAGAAAGAAGCUUCAACUGGUAGGGGUGACAGCCAUGCUACUUGCAUGCAAGUAUGAGGAAGUAAUGGUUCCUGUCGUGGAAGAUCUUAUCGUCAUCUCAGACCGAGCCUACACUAGAGACGAAGUCCUUCAGAUGGAAAGUUCGAUUGUAAACACCUUACAGUUCAACAUGUCAGUGCCAACACCUUAUAUGUUCAUGAGGAGAUUUCUCAAAGCUGCUCAGUCUGAUAGACAGAUCGAGCUUCUUUCGUCUUACAUAAUAGAGCUGUGCCUUGUUGAGUAUGAAAUGCUCAAAUUUCGCCCUUCAAUGCUUGCUGCUGCUGCAGUUUAUACAGCUCAGUGCAGUUUAAAAGGAUUCAAGCACUGGACUAGGACCAGUGAGCUGUGCACUAAAUACUCAGAAGUCCAGCUUCUAGACUGUUCUAGGAUGAUGGUGGACUUCCACCAGAAGUCAGGAAAAGGAAAGCUUACUGGAGUCCAUAAAAAAUACAGCACAUUCAAGUUUGGAUGUGCAGCAAAAUCUGAACCUGCUCUAUUCUUGUUAGAUACGAGGAACUAACUGAACGUAUCCCCGACUUACAUAACAAUGCUAAUCUUUUUCUUAGAGCUAGAAAGGUUGGAGAGUUUGACUGCUCUUUGCAACUGAAGUUGCUAGUUUGCAUGCAAUGUAAGUUGCAGUCGUUGAACUGUAUGCAAUUACUGUUCUAAUAGUUUAGUUUGAUCGGAUUUUUAAUAAUUGUCUCAGAAUCUAUGCU